UUGGUACAAUCAGGUGUCGAGUGGAGUGGAACACGGCAAUCUCAGAGAGCAUGCUUUGUCGCGCAUGAAAGAGCUUGGCUUGGCUUGCAGAGAUGUACGGACGAGAGAAGUCGGAAUUCAGGCACGUCUACAGUUUCUUCAUUGUUUUUUCCAUAUUUGACGCUUCUUGAAAUUCACAACAAAAUCAGACCAUAUAACGUCGAAUUGAUACGACGAGACUAUGUCGCAAAUGGUGGAUGGGAAACAUUUUUGUCAUACGAAGACCCUGAUCAGGACAUCCUCAUCGGAUUGUUGCGAUUGAGGAAAAUCUCAGACAAAGCACAUCGCCCGGAGCUGAAGGGACGGACAUCAGUGGUACGUGAACUCCAUGUCUACGGCUCUGUGGUGUCGGUUUCAGACAGAGAUCCAUCAAAAUUCCAACAUCAGGGCUUUGGCCAGUUACUCAUGGAGGAAGCAGCUAGGAUAGCUUUUUACGAGCACAAGUCUGAAAAGAUUGUUGUGAUAUCCGGCGUUGGAACAAGAGACUACUACAGGAAGCUCGGAUACGAACUGGAUGGACCAUAUAUGAGCAAACCACUAAGCGCUGAGGAUUUUGAGUCCGAGUGAUG